CCAUUGUCGACGGUGACUGUGACUUCAACGAUGGCGAUUCCUGUGCUUGGACAAAGGAGGUCGAACCGGGGGAACUAAUCACAUCAUAUAUAAUCCUACCGGACGGAAACACGUACAUGCAGCUCACGCCGGACACUGCCGCCGUUCCCAUGGCAACCACCGUGCAUCUCUUCUCUCCGUGGAUGCAGAGCGGCGGCGAGCGCGUCUGUUUCUCCUUCAAGUACCGCUCGAACACGCGCAAGAAGGUCUACAUCACCGUCGAGCUGGAGACGGAGAAGACGUCGCGGCAGGCCGGAAGGACGUCGACGGGUCGCGGUACGACGUGGAAGAAGUUCAAAGCGUGGAUCAACAUCGCCGAACGCUACCGGGUCAUCAUCAAGGUCAGAAUACCGAAGCAGGGCGGAAACCUCGACAUGGAUGACGUCACGUUUAGCCGGAACCAGUGUGCGUAGAAGAGGAAGAGAGAGAAGAAGAGAGAAAGAAAGAAUGAGCGAGAGAGAGAGAAAGAGAGAGAGAGAGAGA